UCCUUAGUGAAAGGAUAAUAUAGAAAAGAGAGAAGCACAAAGUUCCAUUACAGCUCUACAUUUCAACCUCUUUCAGCUAGCCGCAAGGGUUCCACUCUCCUCUUUUCCGCUUGUUGUUUUCGGGUAGGCAAAUCGAUCACUCGGCCGGACACCAUGGCAAAAAGCUCCUUCAAGUUGGAACAUCCCCUAGAGAGGCGACAGGCUGAAGCUGCUCGUAUAAGGGAGAAAUAUCCUGACAGAAUUCCGGUUAUUGUGGAGAAGGCUGAAAGAAGUGACAUCCCUGACAUUGACAAGAAAAAAUGUUGUCCGAAAAAGAAUUAAACUCAGUGCAGAGAAAGCCAUAUUUAUCUUUGUCAAGAACAUUCUCCCCCCCACUGCUGCAAUGAUGUCUGCUAUCUAUGAUGAAAACAAAGAUGAGGACGGCUUCCUAUACAUGACAUACAGUGGCGAGAAUACUUUUGGAUCAUUCUGAAAUGGGGUCCAGCCGAGCUAUGUAUAUAGUCUAAGAACUUGUAAAUUCUAUUUCAUUAUCAUCUCGAGUUAUCUUUCCGAAAAGAUUGUAUAUCCCAGAUUGUAUUAACUUCUUCAGAAUUGGUAUAUUUUAAUACCAUGGUGCCUUGUAAGUAAAUCUUCUCCAAUUUCCUUUGAUGAGUUCCAUAAAGUAGUUACCUCGCUA